AUGCUUAUAAUAAAAAUGAGCGAAAACCUUGAUAUUGUGAUUGACUUGUGGAACCAGCAUUAUCAAGAACUUGCAGCAGCAUUUCGCUUGAAAAUUGAAAGGACUCAGCGGAAAGAACUAGGACAGUAUCGGCUGCUUUAUAAUGAUGAAGCACCUCAUACUCCAAGCCCAAUAACAGGGACAGCCUUUAGUAAUUUUGAAGACACAGCUGAAUUUUUUAACACCCAGGACACCAACACGGUGCUUUGUUGGAUUGAUUUUGAUAAUGAAGAAAUUAUGAAAGAAAAGCCAUCAGAAGAGUCAAAAGAAAUUUGUGACGAAGAGGUUGAAGAUUCUUUGCAUCCUCUUUUUAUCAAUCCAGUGCCUUGGACGACUGGACAUGUUUAUUUGUCGCUAUUCCCUGAUGAGCAUUUGCCUCAAGCGAUAAGUACUGAGCUGUUGACAUUAGCUUUAAAUAAUCUGCAAUAGAAUAAAGCAUAAACUACUAAUAAAAAAUUAUUAUUAAUUUAUAUAAAAAAAAAAGGCUCAAAAAGCCUAUUAUUAUCUUAUAAUUUUUUUUCAGUUUACUAAAAUUCAGAAUACUUUCCGUUUAUUUAGAGGUACAUCGAUGAGAUUGGGGUAUGACUCAUUAGGAGCAAACACUGACACUAAUCAUCUGCAUUUUGAUGUUAUUUUCUUAAAUGAAAUUGGGCUGAGCCAAUUUCCAAUUGAAAAAUCCCCGAAGACUUUGCUAUUAGAGUCUACAUUACAGCAUAAAGAUGUGGAUGAAAUUAACAUGUUUACUGUAGGAGUCAGACUUUUCCAAGUAGAGUAUCCAGCAAAGUGCCUUGUAAUCACACCUAAUCAGGAAGUAAGCGAUGCUGCAGUUUCAGAGGCAAGUGAAUCAAUUGGAAAUGUAGCUGGGAUGGUAGUGAAUUAUUUUAUUGAAAAUAAUAAACUUCUUAUAGUUAUAUUUUAUCAUAAAAUUCAUUAGAAAGCCACUGAUUAAAUGGUACAAAAAAACUAAUAAAAUUAAUUUAAAUAAGCAUAUACCACACUCAAUUAUGAUGUCAGGAAAUGGAUUAGAACUAUAUAUCUUUCCCAGGAACUUCCAAAGCGCAUUUGAAAUAGGUAAAGCUAGCUUUUUGGAUCUAUCAGGUGUAGGUUGUACUUAUGAAAGAACUGUAUUUGACAAUUUAACAGGCCCUGAGUUCGAAGAUUAUUUGAAAGCUCUGUCCUGCGAUAACGAAACUUGGAGGAAGAUGAGUUCUUAUAUCCAGAAUUUAUUAAGUUCACUUUAUUUUUAA